GUUAAAAACAACAAGUCAUUAAUUCAUUACAUGUUUCCAACGACACGGGUAAUUAUGUAUGCACACAUUUUGGAUAGGCGGAAAAAGCAUUAUAGGUGGGUUAGUAGUGCGUUUGUUCAAGAGGGGUCAAACUUUGUCGACAAAACAAUAAUUUUCUCAAAUCAAUACCGCAGUCGAUAGGUUAAAAACUAUAGAGAGGCAUUUUUUUUUGUAAAAUUUUGUUAGUAUAAAAAUUUUCUACCGUGUGUUUCGUUUACUCUUCUCAGUUUUUUUACACUCGAGCGUUUUUAUUUAAUAUUUUUAUUUAUUAAAUUAUUCCAUAUUCAAAUAAUGGACAGAAACUUAAAAAUUAGUUUGUGAUGUCCACCGCAAAUUAUUAGGUUUGAAUACAUUUUUCUGUUAAAAAUUGAUCGUUACCAAUCACUAUGGCAUGUUGCUUCAGUUCAAUGAACACUGUGGAAAUCAUAGGAUUCGUUUUUAUUUGUGUAAUAUGUCUUAAGCUAACGCGGUUCGUACUAAAAUUCUCAUAUCAAGAGCUUCUUGCACCGUUUCUACAUUUCAACGUCGACUUUAAGAAAACUGGAAAAUGGGCAGUUAUAACAGGUUCUACUGAUGGAAUUGGAAAACAAUAUGCCGAACAGUUGGCCGGUAAAGGUAUGGAUGUGGUACUCAUCAGCAGGACUAGAUCCAAAUUGGAGAGUACGGCCGAUGUAAUAAGAAACAAAUACGGAGUGAACGCGAAAAUCAUAGAAGUGGAUUUCACCGACAACAACCCUGAUGCCAUGUACGACCGUGUGGCAAAAGAACUGCGGGACUUGGAUGUAGGAACGUUGAUCAACAACGUUGGACUGUGCAAUCCCUAUCCGGAUUACUUUUUGAACUUCGACCAAAACGAUCCGCUGUACGAUAACAUCAUCAAAUGCAAUAUCGUGUCGGUGGUAAACAUGUGCAGGAUAGUUAUGCCUGGUAUGGUCCAUCGCCGUCGGGGAGUAAUCGUAAACGUGUCAUCAGCGUCGGCCGAAUUACCGUCUCCGUUGUUAACGGUUUACGGUGCUACCAAGGCGUUUGUCAACAAGUUCAGCAUCGACUUGGCUACCGAGUACAACCGACACGGUAUUAUUGUACAGUGUGUUACACCUGGUUUCGUCGCAACCAACAUGAGCAAAAUCAGAAAGGCGUCACUGGUGAUCCCUAGUGCCGAAACGUUUGUCCAAUCAGCUCUUCAGACUACCGGCAUCAAAAACGUAACCGCAGGAUAUUUUCCACACUCUGUUUUCAUGAAAUGUAUUCAACUGGCUGAAGGCAUAUGUCGUCCAUUUUUAGCUAAAAUAGAAAUUAAAGUUUUACUCGCAGCUCGUGAAAGAUUAAAAAAACAAAUGGUUCGCAAAGAACAAAAGAACUUGAAGGAAUAAAAAACAAUUGCUUAUGGAAACGAAUUAUACACAUAUUAUUCGUAUUAAACUGGUACUUUCAUUGUAAAACAAUUGUUUUAUACAAUUUUAUUAUUUAUUUAAUUUCAAUAAAGCAAGAAUGAUGUGUUAUUACUUUAUAAUUAUAACGUGCUAGUUAAAGCAGUAUAAGAA